AUGGAACACAUUAAAAUCACUUCUUCGUCUCCCGACAAGCAGCUCACCGCGUAUUGUCAAUACGCAGAUGUAGUUAGUCACUUUGUCUCCACUGAUAUCAAGUGUGGUUCUGAUGAAGAACCUGAAUCUCCUAGACAGAGUCCUCAACCUCCGGUAGCCAUUGAACCUGCGACCCCGUAUUCUCAACCUCCGGUACCUGCAAAACCUCCAACAUCGUUUCCUCAACCUCCCACACCGGCCAUACGACCGAAACCGAUCUCUUCAGCUUCCUACAUUGUUCCAUCUUCCAUACCUUAUAUAAGGCGCCUACUUGCGAAGCUUCUCUGA